AUGUCGAAUGCCAUCUAUCUUAUUGUUUUCAUAGCUACCACCGUUUUGAUCUCUUACCAUCUCUGGCAUUCUCGGCUCCUCCCACGGGCUGCACAGCCGGAAAUAUCUGUUGGCUUUGGCAUUGAACACAUUUCAGAUCCUAUCUUAUGUCAUCAGCUCAUCGAGUGCAAGCAAGCUCGAGGCUCCAAGCCGAAACGACUCUCAAUCCAGAAGGCAAGGGCUCCACCAAACCAAAGGCUCCGCAAUGUGUUCAACAUCGACAACGGCUUCACGAGUACUGAUCCCAUAUUCGUGGACAAGUUUGUGCGCGAGGCUAGUCAACGGAUCAAGCUGGGAUCUCUCGAGUGGUUGAAAUUGGGUCUGAUGCUCCUGCACACAUCAAGACAGUGGAUCUCUGUUGGCUUUAACACUGACAGCUGGAAAAGCAGGCAGUGCAAUUCCGUACCGCCCAGCCCGCCUGCGAGCCACUGCUCUGACAAGUUAGACAUCACGAGCCUGGUGCAAGUAUUGACACUGAAGGCUACCCUCGCAACAGUCCUCAAAGGAGAGGCAGAAAAUUGUCCCAAAGAUUUCGAAAUGCUGCACUUGGCUCAACAGAUCAACAGAGGCUGGAUACAAUCGAAAAUUAACACCUGGGCUGGGGAUGAUAUCCGUGGUAUUGACUUCCAACACAACGAUCCACUCAGAACUACUCUUAACGCACUAUUUCCGCAAGCCGGCCCCGAACAAAACCCACUGAACUUACUCCUUCCGUCAUUUGAGACCAUGUGGAGAGUCGUCUUACGUGCGCUAUUAGAGCUCAAGUUUCAAUCAGGUCGCGAUCACCCCGAAUGGGGAAAAGCGAUUGAGACAUUUUGUCGGGACCCAACCAAGGCAAAGUUUGAGAAACGUCCAACCUUGCGAGAAGAUCUAUCAACAACGGCCGAUGCCAAGGGCGAUGUUCAGUCGAAUCGAGGAGUGGAGCCGUCGGUAAAAGACAUUGUUAUGGAAGCAUUGAGGCUGUAUCCUCCGACUCGGCGAAUCUACCGGGCGUAUGAGUGGGAGGACACCACGGCAAAAUACGGGCCUGGAAACCUGCGUGAAGUUGAAGCAGUCGGCCGAACUUCAUCUAAGAUCAUCGCGGCAGAUAUCGAAGCUUGCCAUUUGAGAAGCGAUAUUUGGGGCCCGGGGGCUGCAAGAUUCGACCCGAGCCGGUGGAUGAACAUAACUCCGGAUCAAAAGUCCGCCUUUAUGCCUUUUGGCUACGGUGUAUGCGAGUGUCCUGCCAAGGCAGUAUUCGGACCGUGGAUGAUAGCGAUAUUGGUGGGCGCUCUGCUUUCCGCCCUAGAUGACGACGGGUGGACUCUGUGGUGUGCCGAUGAUCGUGUGAUGAGAUGCCUCGCUUCAGAAGAAAGACUCAUGAUGGGGAGGGACGCCUACGACGAGUUGAAAAUUUUUCGUUCUUAG